AUGUUUGCAGUAGCAGCAGCACCCAUCUGCAAGUUCCUUCGUCUUCGCUGGAGCUCAGCCGGCGAUGGUCUCCCCGGGAUGCCCGGGCCCUUCCCCUCUGGGCGGCGACGCCGCCGCCGCUGGGUUGUCCCCGAGAGCGCCGCGCUUCGCGUCUCCUGCGCGGCGCUCUGCCCGAUAGUGCCCGACGCGUCUCCUCAUCCACCGCCCGCCCACGACCGCGUGUUCAGCUUCGCCGCCACUCCGGCGAGCCUCCCCGAGCGGGUCGCCCAGAAGGCCCGGUCGGAGCUCCUGAGCUGCCGCGGCGGCGGGGCCACCGCCGCGGAGAAGACAACUCACAGGAAGAAGGACCUUGUUACCGCUAUAGCCAGGGCCGAGUCCGCCCUCCGCGAGCUCCUCCUCAUCCCCCCCAGCUACGCCGUCCUCUUCCUCCCCGGCGGCGUCGCCAGCAACUUCGCCGCCGUUCCCCUCAACCUCUGCUCCUCCCCUGAAGACGCCGCCGACUAUGUGAUCACCGGGUCCUGGAGCGAGAAGGCCUAUGAGGAAGCCGCCGGCCAUUGCAGCGCCGCCGUCGCCUGGACGGGGAAAGCCUUCAACUUCACCAGGAUUCCCUCGCCGGAGGAGCUCCGGCACGACCCGGCCGCGAGAUUCCUCCACAUCUGCGCCGACGAGAGCGUCCAAGCGCUGGAAUUCAAGGAUUUCCCGGUGCCCGCCGGAGGAGAUGCCGUCCUGGUGGCGGACAUGUCCUCCAAUUUCUGCUCAAAACCGUUGGACGUCUCCAAGUUCGGUCUCAUCUACGCCGGCGCGCAGGGGAACGUUGGGCCGGCUGGGCUCACGGUGGCCAUCGUCCGGCGGGACCUCAUCGGGAAGGCCCAGCCGGGGACCCCCACCAUGCUCAACUUCGCCUCCCACGCCGACGGAGCGGCGAGUCUCUGCAACUCGCCGCCGGCCGUCGCUAUCUACCUAUGCGCGCUGGUGUUCGAGGAUCUGCUGGAGCAGGGGGGCCUCGCGGCGGCGGAGAGGAGGAACAGGGAGAAGGCGGCGGUGAUCUACGAGGCCAUCGAAAGGAGCAACGGAUUCUACGUGUGCACGGUGGAGGACCCGGCGGCGAGGUCGGCGAUGAACGUCCCGUUCAUGCUGGCACGGAGGGACCUGGAGCGGAAGUUCGUGGCGGAGGCGCAGCGGGCCGGCAUGGCGGAGCUGGGCGCCCACCAGGGGGCGGUGGCGGUGGCGAUCGGCACACCCAAGAUCAACGGGCUCCCCCUUGCCGGCGUUGAGAGGCUUGCGGCGUUCAUGAGGGACUUCCGAGCCCACCACCAGCGCAGCACCGAUGAGGCCCCCCCUUCCUGA